GCAGCAGUGCCAGCAGAAUGCUGAUGGCGGCCCUGAUGGAGAGAUGCAAACAGAAGAGGAGAAGCUUCAUGAGUCUGCAGACAGUCCGAAUGAAGGACGGCAGUAAGUUGAGUUUACUUUUAUAUGGAAUUGUAUUAACAUGACUCUUAACUCUCUUUCCCCCCUCGCCUGCAGCCUUGCGUUAGACUUUUCCCAGACCCCCCAGGUCCUGACUAGUGCCUGGAGCGAAUAUGCCAAUUUCUCAGAGAAUUACCUCAAAGGUUGCAAAUGGGCUCCGGAUGGUUCGUGUAUCCUCAGCAACAGUGCGGACAACGUGCUCCGCGUCUACAACCUCCCUCCGGAGAUUUACACCUCCAACUGGGACGUGCUGCCUGAGAUGAGUCCGGUACUCAGGAUGGCUGAAGGAGACACCAUCUAUGACUACUGCUGGUACCCCAAAAUGAACUCGCUGGAACCCCACUCGUGCUUUUUUGCGAGCAGUAGCCGCGACAACCCGAUCCACGUGUGGGACGCCUUCUACGGCGAGGUGCGGGCCAGCUUCCGGCCUUACAACCACCUGGACGAGCUGACGGCCGCCCACUCGCUCUGCUUCUCCCCCGACGGCUCUCAGCUCUACUGCGGCUUUGACAAAACCGUCAGGGUCUUCCACACGGAGCGGCCCGGCAGAGACUGCGAGGAGCGGCCCACCACGGCGAAGAAGCAGAGCGGCCAGAGCGGGAUCAUCUCCUGCUUGGGCUUCAGCCCGUGCCAGUCGCUGUACGCCUGCGGCUCGUACUCGCGUUGCGCCGGCCUUUACUCGUGCCGGGACGGCACCCCGCUGGCGCUGCUGCCCGCCCGCCACCGCGGCGGCCUCACCCACCUGCUCUUCUCUCCCGACGGCUACUACCUGUACACGGGCGGGCGGAAGGAUCCAGAGAUCCUGUGCUGGGACAUUCGAGAGCCCGGUCAGGUCGUGUUCUCCCUCAAGAGGAACGUGGCGACCAAUCAGCGCAUCUACUUCGACCUCGACCCGUCGGGCAGGUACCUGCUGAGUGGGGGCACGGAGGGGGUAGUGUCAGUGUGGGACUGCCAAGCCCCUGCAGGUGGCGAGGAGGUACUGCAGCCUCAGCUCAGUUUCCAGGCCCACUGGGACUGCACCAACGGCGUCAGCAUCCAUCCCUUCAUGCCGCUCGUGGCCACGUCCAGCGGCCAGCGGCAGUUCCUGUGGCCCGGCGACGGCGAGGGAGACUCGUCGUCCUCCUCUUCCGACGCCGAGGGAGGCGACGAGGCCGCGACGUCUUCCGGGGCCAACCGCGGCGACAACGGGCUGAGCCUGUGGUGGGGCGGACCGUGCGGACCCCCCGGCGACGAGCGGUGUGACGAGGUUUCAAACAUGCAGAGCUGAACUAGAAAUUUCACAAGGGGUACACUCGCAAAAUCACAGACGGGUUCCUUUUCUUCAGCAAGGAUGCAAAUGAGGACAAACGUGCCAGAAGUGUUCUAUUUUUAUAAAAAGCACGGCGUCUUUUCCUUUGUAUGUCGUGCCAAAA